AUGGUGAUGAUAAGUUUGCCCAUAAGGAGCAGUUCAUUCGCUCUGAAACAAUCCCGAGGGUUAUUAUUCCUUAGGAGUACCAAUAUCAUAUUACCAUAUCGACAUUUGCCAAGUGCACCAUCCGCUGCGGUGAGAUUAUACUCGACAUCCAAUGUGGAACCGGAGGGUAAAGAACCGGCCACCAGCACCACCAUUAUCAAGAAGGAAAAGGAACCCUUGAUGCAACGAAUUAAACAUGAAGUCAAGCAUUACGUUAACGGUACUAAGCUUCUAGGUUACGAACUUAAGAUUUCCACGAAAUUACUGAUUAAAUUUGUUCAAGGUUAUGAAUUAUCCAGACGUGAGAAUAAUCAAUUGAAGAGAACGAUGGGGGAUAUCUUUAGAUUGGUGCCCUUUUCCGCGUUUGUCAUUAUUCCCUUUGCCGAAUUGCUAUUACCUAUAGCUUUAAAGAUCUUCCCCAACUUGUUGCCCUCCACUUAUGAAUCAGGUAAGGAUAAACAAAAGAAGCGUAAUAAAUUGAUUGAAAUUAGGGAAAAGACUUCAACUUUUUUACACGAAACGUUGGAAGAAUCGUCGUUGAUAAAUUAUAAAUCCAUUGAAAAUUUAGAGAAUAAGAAGAAAUUUUUAAAUUUUUUCAAGAAACUUUAUGCCUAUAAGGAAGGUAAGGAUCCCACAAUAAAAUUUGACCAUGAAGAGAUCAAUUCCAUUGCUCAAUUGUUCAAGAAUGAUCUUAUCUUGGAUAACCUUUCGAGACCUCAAUUGGUGGCAAUGUCUAAAUUCAUGUCAUUGAGACCGUUCGGUAAUGAUAAUGUUCUUCGUUAUAGGAUCCGUUAUCAAUUGAAGACAAUCAUGGAGGAUGAUAAGAUUAUUGAUUAUGAGAAUGUGAACACAUUAUCGUACGAAGAGUUAUACAAUGCGUGUGUUUCGCGUGGUAUGAAGGCGUACGGUGUUCCUCGUAACAAUCUUGUUGAUAAUUUGAAAGUUUGGUUGGAAUUAAGAUUGAGAAAGAAGAUUCCCUCAGUGUUGAUGGUUUUGAGUGCGACGUUUACUUUUGGUGGGUUAGAGAAUAUUGAAAAAAUUGAGACGGUGGAAUCCAUAUAUAAUAAGACCAUUGCUACUUCACCUUCGAAAGAGGUUCCUAAUUAUGAGAAGUUAUUGGAUCUGUAUUACGAUGGUAUUCUUCAAGUGUUAGGAUCGAUUCCUGAUCCAGUUUACAAUGUUACCAAAUUAGACGUUGCAGAAUCGAAACCUGUGAAGGCAGAGGAAGAAUCUGGAAUUGCACAGGAACCGGCAACCCCUGUGAUGACAUCAAGCAAGACUGAGACCGAGACUACGACGAGUAAGCCAUUACCGCCAGCUGCGAUUGAUGCGACGAGUUCCACGCAACCACAAGUGGUAGAAGGUGCAGCUGCCGAGACCGAGGCAGCAAGCGAGGAGACGAGGCCCACUACGGACGACAACGAGUUCAAAUUGAAUGUGUUGAAGGAACAGGAAGAAUUGAUCAAGAAGGAAGAGGAAGAGGCGAAAGCAAGGGCUUCCCGAGAGAAGAUCUCGGACGAUAUCAAGUUGGACGAGGAAGAGGCACCCCCAACGUCAACGUCAACGCCCAAGGAGAAAAAUGGACAGAAGCAAGAUUGA